AUGAUUUGCUAUUUUUGUGCUGAAGCUUUCAACCCAGAUGAAGAAGAAGAAGACACAGAACAAAGGGUAGUUCAUCCUAAAACUGAUGAACAGCGAUGCAGGCUGCAGGAAGCAUGUAAAGAUAUCCUGCUCUUCAAAAACCUAGAUCAGGAGCAGCUGUCUCAGGUCCUUGAUGCCAUGUUUGAGAAGAAGGUGAAACCUCAGGAACAUGUGAUUGAUCAAGGAGAUGAUGGAGACAACUUCUAUGUCAUUGAGAGGGGAUCGUAUGAUAUUGUCGUAGCAAAAGACAACGUGUCGCGCUGUGUGGGCCACUAUGAUAAUCAUGGCAGUUUUGGGGAACUGGCAUUGAUGUACAACACUCCUCGAGCUGCCACCAUUGUUGCCACAACAGAAGGAGCUCUUUGGGGACUGGAUCGGGGGACGUUCAGAAGGAUUAUAUUGAAGAACAACGCAAAGAAGAGGAAGACAUAUGAAUCAUUUAUUGAGUCUGUGCCCCUUCUUAAAUUCUUGGAGGCAUCAGAGCGGAUGAAGAUAGUGGAUGUCAUAGGGGAGAAAGUGUAUCAAGAUGGGGAACGCAUCAUUUCUCAGGGCGACAAAGCUGAUUGUUUUUAUAUAGUAGAAUCUGGAGAAGUAAGAAUCUUGAUGAAAAGCAAGACUAUGACAGGUAAAGAAACUAACCAAGAAGUGGAAAUUACCCGGUGUUGCAGAGGGCAGUAUUUUGGAGAGCUUGCACUUGUUACCAACAAACCCAGAGCAGCCUCUGCUUAUGCUGUUGGGGAGGUCAAAUGUUUAGUCAUGGAUGUGCAAGCGUUUGAGAGGUUGCUUGGGCCCUGCAUGGACAUUAUGAAGAGGAAUAUAACACAUUAUGAGGAGCAGCUGGUGGCAAUAUUUGGCUCUAGCAUGGACCUGAAGGAUCCAGGGAAUUAGGCACAGGGUACCUCAAUGCCUUCUUAGUUCAAGACACAGAAAAGCCUCCUAUCAGCAACACAACUCACCAGGAAAACGGACACUAUGGAAUAGUUACUGCUGCUGUCUUGGGCAUUUAGAAACCACAAACAAGUCUCAGCACAGAUGGCUUGCUCAGUCCCUGCCUCCACUUUGUUGCUGAUACUUCAUUAUUAGACCUAGAUUAAAGAUUCUAACCCUGUGUUCACUUACUUGGCUCAGAAUGGCAUCUGUCCAACAGUUCAAGUGCCUGAUAUGAAACCCAAAGUGUGUGAGAUGUAGAAGCCUCCUUCCUUCCAGUGUCACUGUUGGGAUAAAUUUUCAGACCAGAUUCUGUAGUGGGAGGUUGCCUGUUCUGCAGAGGCAACCUGUGGAAUAUGAGCCUUUUACAGGUUCAUUAAUGUCCUCUGAUGCUUUCCUUGUAUGAAGUCAAACUUGUUUUUAAUUGUAGCAUCUGGGUUUGAA